AUGACUGGACGCGGCAAAGGUGGCAAGGGUCUCGGAAAGGGUGGUGCCAAGCGCCACCGCAAGAUUCUCCGUGACAACAUCCAGGGUAUCACAAAGCCCGCUAUCCGUCGUCUCGCACGUCGUGGUGGUGUCAAGCGUAUCUCAGCCAUGAUCUACGAGGAGACCCGCGGUGUUCUCAAGACCUUCCUCGAGGGUGUCAUCCGUGACGCCGUCACAUACACUGAGCACGCCAAGCGCAAGACCGUCACCUCCCUCGACGUUGUCUACGCUCUCAAGCGUCAAGGACGUACUCUGUACGGUUUCGGUGGUUAA